GAGCCAUCGUUAACAAGUACUUUUCUAGUCAAAUGUAAUUGUUCAUUUUACAGUGGAAAGCACUUGCAAUUCAUAUGGACACAGUGGCAUUUUGUUAUAAGCCAAUACAAUGAAAGACUGUGAUAGUUUAUGUGAGAACAGUGUGCAGAUGGCAACUGAAUUACAAUUAGAUUGAACCUUAGCUGUGUGAAGUUGUUCUGUUGAAGACCUUAACUGUUACCAUGCUUCAGAAAAGAUGUCAACAACUCAAGGGCCCAGUUCCACUCCUGGGAAAUGAAUGAGGUGGUUGCUGUCAUCUUCAGUGUAAGAAAGACCGAGGAUACCAAGCAGUAACUGUUUUUCUUGGAUAAUAUGUCUCUCCCAGUGGGUCUCUUCACCAAAGCAGUUUGGACCUAAGAACUAGAAUGGGGAAAUAAUAAUAAUAAUAAUAAUAGGUAAAUAGUAAAUUAUUUUCUCAGAAAAUCAUUUUAAAACAUCUCAAAUGUACUAAAGAAUUCAAGUCAAUUCACUGUAGGCUUUUGUCAGAUUACUUCUUUUCUGAAGGAGGGAACCCAGGAAAAGGCGGCGGGGAGGAAUAGGGUGUGGGUCAUCCUUUAAAUCCCUUUACAUUCAUCUGGGAUGCAGUUUGCUCCUCCCCUCUUCCAGAAGGCACUUGAAAAUGCAUCUCCCACUUUUCAAGAGCGCAAAAACGAGUGCUGGAACAGCAGUGGCUCACAUGUUUUUGUGAUCUUAAGAAACCUGUAUAUAGAAUCAUAGAAUCAUAGAAUGGUUUGGGUUGGAAGGGACCUUAAAGAUCAUCUAGUUCCAUCCCCCCCUUCCCUCAAUACCCAUCCUUUGAAAGUGUCUUUCAUGUGUUUGGGAAAUGCUCGUGACCCUUGAGUAAAUAAAUGGUAAAGGUCAGGAGCUCUAGCACUUAAAGAGUUCCUUAAACUAAGCUAUUUAAUUUUGGGCGAGUGGAAAGUGUCCUCCCAUCCAGUACAACUUUUUAUUUUCUUACCUUUCCCAGAAAAAGAUUAAAUCUUUACACACUUGGUUCAGAUGGAAUCAGUUCUCUCCUCGUCCCCAUCCUGGUUGGGUUACCAAGCUGAAAAAUUAGCUAUCUGUUCAUCCUCAGUACAUACGUUUGGGUCGUGAGCAAUGAUUCUCAUUGGAGUAUGCAGCAACUAAACUGUAAUAUUUCUGGUAAAACAAGUCUGGUUUGCAAGCUACUCUCCCAAAUUAAUAUGCGAGGCUUGCUGGAGCUGGGGAUACACACCACCUGCCCAGAGGAGUGCUUGGAGAAACGUGGCUUGAUCUCCCUCUUGUGGAAAAUUAUUGGAACUAGAUUCUCGUGAUAGUAAAGAAGAAAAGUCCAGAAUCGGUGAACAAACGAUGGCAGCAAUUACCAUGCCACCUGAUGCUCUUGUCAGCCCUCAAGGAAAUGAAGAGAUGGACUCUCUGAUCGUACUGCAUUACAAUUACACAGGAAAGCUUAUUUUAAGGGAGAAGGCAACUGAUAACAUAGACCUGCCCACUAUUGCAUUUCUGAUCAUAUGUAGUUUCAUAGUCCUGGAAAACUUGAUGGUGUUGAUUGCCAUAUGGAAAAACAAUAAAUUUCACAACCGCAUGUACUUUUUUAUUGGCAAUCUAGCUCUCUGUGAUCUUUUAGCUGGGAUUGUUUACAAAGUAAACAUUCUUAUGUCUGGGAAGAAAACUCUGAGCUUGUCCUCCACAAUCUGGUUCAUUAGGGAAGGCAGCAUGUUUGUUGCCCUGGGAGCCUCUACUUUCAGCUUACUAGCAAUAGCUAUUGAGCGGCAUCUGACCAUGAUUAAAAUGAGGCCUUACGAUGCGAAUAAAAAGUACAGAGUGUUCCUUCUCAUUGGUACAUGCUGGCUUAUUUCAAUUUCCUUGGGUGCCUUACCCAUCCUUGGCUGGAACUGUAUAAACAACUUACCAGAUUGCUCAACAAUUUUGCCUCUGUACUCCAAGAAGUAUGUUGUGUUCUGUGUUAGUAUCUUCAUAGCCAUUUUGGUUGCCAUUGUCAUCCUCUAUGCUCGUAUCUACAUCCUGGUAAAGUCCAGCAGUCGUAAUGUCACUAAUCACAAUAACUCGGAGCGGUCCAUGGCACUCCUUAGGACCGUCGUGAUUGUUGUUAGUGUCUUCAUUGCCUGUUGGUCUCCUCUGUUCAUCCUGUUCCUCAUUGAUGUGGCCUGCAGAGUAAAGGAGUGCUCUAUCUUGUACAAAGCCAACUGGUUUAUUGCUCUGGCAGUCAUCAAUUCUGCAAUGAACCCCAUCAUCUACACUCUGGCCAGUAAGGAAAUGCGUAGGGCUUUCUUUCGCCUUGUUUGUGGCUGCCUGAUGAAAUCCAGAGUGGCCAGAUCUUUGCCUAUUCAGGCCACGCCAGAUCACAGUCGAAGUAAAUCCAGCAGCAGCAAUACCCAGAAGCCAAAGGAAGAUUUCCCACCGAUGAAUGUUGCCUCGUAUAUUGCUGAGAAAAAUGAAUCUCCAUUUCACAACGGAAAAUUCUGUAAGUAAAGGACUCCUCGAGACAAGUAUGUUUCUGUGGCUUUUAGAUUUAAACUACAAGUGUGGUUUAAGUAUUCAUGCACUUAAGUCACAGGGCAAAACACUAACCACUUAUUUAACUUUGAGGACUUAUUUAUCAACAAUCAUUUGCUUUGAGUGUUCAUUCAAUAACACACCUGAUUCAGAAAAAACCUUUCAUGCUACCCAACAACCAGGACAGAGUCCAUGCACAUCUAAUGACAUUGUGCACCACGAUGGCAUUGCAUGAUGAGGCUUCAUUUGGCACUGCCUGAUCUAGCAAGACAUCAGUAAAACCUGUUAGAAACUUCAGCAUUCACUACAUACUGCUGAUGAACAGAAAAUGAGCCCAAUUAUUGCCAACUGGGAGAAAAGCUCAUUACAUAUGUUGGUGAUUAUAGUUCUCUAUAUGUAUCUUGCUGUUAUGUUAAUGGCCUUAUAUGUAUGUGGUAUAAAUAGCUGUAUAUUUGUACAAUUCCUUAUUACAAAGUUGUUGUUUGGUAAAAGUUUACAAUAUACUAAACAUUGUAUUGCAGUGUACAGUGUAAGGUGACAAAUUAUACAAAUAGAUGUGUUUCAAUGGGGAUAUUUGAAAAUAUAUGAAGUAGUAGCUUUUAACUGACAGGAACUUUAACAUGUCAUAUCAAUGCAGUAUUUUUAUUUUUUCUGCUGUUAUUCAAACUUCUCAUGUGUCGUGAAAGACAACAUGACAGUUGUCACUGUGGCAUUUCACAACUUAUUUUAAACAAGGAGUAGUAAAAUAACCAUUGAGAGAGGCUAUAUGUGUUCACUGUUUAAAGUAGUUAAAAUGUGACCCAACAAUACAUGUGUAUCAAGUGUAUGUACUGUUUCAAUGCAUAUAUUUUUACUUACUAUUUCCAAUGUAUUUAAAAAUGUACGUCAAACUUACGUAAACUUGUGUACAUUGUGAAUGCACUACUUAAGCUGAGAUUCUUCAGUUCUGAAACAGAGAUAUAUCAUUUCAGAAAGCAAUGAACCACAACGGGUCCCUGUGGAGUUCCUUCUUUUCUCUCUAGGCACUACCACAGCGUGGGAUUGUGUUAGAAAUUCUCCCUGGGAAGAAGUUCACCCAGUGAGACAAGAUCCCAUUUUCUGGCAACGGGACCCUACGCUCCUACCGUCUCCAGGCACUUUUGCAGAUACGAGAGGGAAGAUGCGGUACAACAGGAUCAUGCUGAAGGGCAUAUCUCCAUUUAUUCCUGACCCUGCCUUGGAUCUGGAAUGAAAGCCUGUUUAGUUUGGAAGACCUGGAGCCCCAGACUUACUUUUUUGAGAGGCUGUUCCAGAGAAACCUGUAUGAAAACAACUUUACGGUUCAUUACUGCCUUACCAGCCUCAGUACAGGAUGGUGUUCAGCAUCAAAGGGAUUCCCUGAGACCUAGAGCAGUUAAGACUUCAUAAACAUCUGAUUUCAAGUGUGCAUGGAAGUGGCCCGUGGUACGUCCAUCAAUAGUUCCAGUCCGCAUGGAAGUGGCACGUGGUACUUCCAUCAAUAGUUGCAGUCCGCAUGGAAGUGGCCCGUGGUACUUCCAUCAAUAGUACUUUAUGGCUGGAGGCUUCAGUGGAGGCUGAUGGGAAAUUUUGAUACUAGUUCCUAUUGCCUUUCAGUAAGAAUGUAAGCAUCUAACUUUAUUGGGCUCUUUCAAAAAUUUGUGUUUAAUGUCUCAAAUCACACCUUGCCUUAUGCACAAUCAGUAGUAGUUGAGGCUUUUUUAAUACGCAGCCUGAAAGAGCUCAUCCUUAGCUUUACUCUGGUCUUAAUCAUUUAAAGCAGCAGCAUUAGACUCUUCCCAAGUGUGUACAGCGUAUAAGUUGUGUAAUGUGUGUAGCAGAAGCCUUUAAAAUGUAGAGAUUUGCAUUGUGAUUAUCGUUUACAAGUUAACAGUCUGCUUGUAAAUGUUUUAUGGUGUUAGAAAAGUGUAAGAACAAAGAAAAACUGUAUUUGAAUGAAAUAACUGUGAAAGAGUGUAGUUAGUGUGAAGUAAUUUCUACCAAAAAUGUUGAAAAGCAGUGCACUUAGAGAAAAAGAAAAAGCUAAAUUAAGCUAAGCGUGAUAUAACUAUAUGAACUGCAGAUAGAGGCUGGGUCAGCAGCUCUGUAGCUUUGCGAGAAAUAGAACUGGUGACAUUGCAUUGCCAUGGCUUGCUUAGGUUUUUAGAUCUUACAGUGCUACUUGGCUGUAUUUUCAGUGUGGAAGUUCUCCCCUGAAGUUGUGUCUUUGAAAACUGCCAGCUAAGAUAUUUGUGUGCUUCUAAAUGUUAGUUCACGAAGUGGUGGCACGUGGCAGCAUUCCUUGCUACUGUAGAGCAGAAAGGCCUUCGCAACACAAUGGUUUGAGAAAACAUUGUGGCUGACCCCACACCAACUCUCAUGUCAAGGAUGUUAUGUGAUUCUCUCUGUUUAGGUGAAAAAAAUGAGUAUUUUUAAUAGCCAAAGUCCAAGAAUAUGCACAUAAAAGUGAGUUUUAACAUCUGGAUUCUAGCCUUAGCUACUGUCAGAGUUGAUGCAAGGUACACAUAAUGCAAGCAACUCCACUGUUGGAGGCCAUGUGAUUGCAUGUCACUACAAAAACCUUUCACUCUACUCUGAUUUCCUUCUCUUUGUUUUGGAGCUGUGGGGAUAUUUUGCUAGUUCACUACCCUGCUGUACUUGAAGCACGCUCCUAAGAUUCAUGGGUUCACAUAUAACACUGAUAAUAUAAUUUGCAAAGUACUUAUGACUGAAGAGAAGAAAAACUAUUGUGGAUACAGUCUUCAGUGGGUACAUCCCACUGGGAUGUAUUAGGUAAAGCACAGAUUCUGGAAGAUUUCAGAGCAAAAUUUUCAAGUAGGGCAAGUGAAGGGCUUAACAGCAGUAGGCCAUAAACAACCAGGAAGAUGUCCUAUCCUUGAAGCUGCAAAAAGAUGGAGAAUAGCUUCUUUCACCCUAAGAUACUGAAAAUUCUUUAAAAUACAUCCCAGAAUCCAAGCAUUUUAUCAUCUAGGCUGAUUUGAGCAUACAAGAAACUGAAUCAGGUCUCCCUUUCCCAGUUGGUUUUACGUGGAGCAAAAGCUACAAAGGAGACUAACAUUUCAUUCAUAUUAUUUCAUUAAUUGGAAUAUUUAUUUUGGUUCUGGAUUACAAAAGAAAGGCAAAUCAAAUGACCUAAGGAGGGGAAAAAAGCUUUCAGAAGAUGCUUUCCAAAAGUCUUUUAUUGCCAACAGUCUUACAGAGUAUUUUCAACUGAUUAGGUACCAUAAACGUUUUGAAAACUGCUAAUUAAACCUCAAACCUUUGAACCAAA